AUGGAGUCUCGUAUGGAUCAGUACGAGAUCAUGGAGCAGAUCGGGCGUGGUGCGUUUGGCGCCGCCAUUCUCGUUCAUCAUAAGGCUGAGAAAAAGAAGUAUGUUCUGAAGAAGAUCAGAUUAGCUCGGCAAACGGAACGUUGCCGGAGAUCUGCACAUCAAGAGAUGGCUUUGAUUGCACGAGUUCAGCAUCCUUACAUCGUGGAGUUUAAAGAAGCUUGGGUUGAGAAAGGAUGCUAUGUUUGUAUUGUCACUGGAUAUUGUGAAGGAGGAGACAUGGCUGAGUUGAUGAAAAAGUCAAAUGGUGUGUAUUUUCCUGAGGAGAAACUCUGCAAGUGGUUUACUCAAUUGUUAUUAGCUGUUGAGUAUCUGCAUUCGAACUAUGUUCUACAUCGUGAUCUAAAGUGUUCCAACAUUUUCCUUACUAAAGAUGAUGUACGCCUUGGGGACUUUGGUCUGGCCAAAACUAUGAAGGCGGAUGACUUAACUUCUUCGGUUGUUGGAACACCAAACUACAUGUGCCCGGAACUGCUAGCUGAUAUUCCUUAUGGUUUUAAAUCAGAUAUCUGGUCCCUAGGCUGUUGUAUAUAUGAGAUGGCUGCGUAUCGGCCUGCUUUCAAAGCUUUUGAUAUGGCAGGGCUUAUAAGCAAAGUUAAUCGCUCCUCAAUUGGUCCUUUGCCUUCGUGUUAUUCACCAUCUUUAAAAGCACUCAUCAAGGGGAUGUUAAGAAAGAACCCCGAGUAUCGGCCAAGUGCCUCUGAGAUUUUGAAGCAUCCUUAUUUGCAGCCAUAUGUUGAGCAGUACCGGCCAGCCAUUUCUGGAGCGUCUAUAACUCCAGAAAAGCCUCUCAAUUCUCGUGAGGGCCGGAGGAGUAUGGCUGAAAGCCAGAACAGCAAUAGUUCAGGCGAAAGAGAUAACUUCUACGUGAGUGAAAAAAGCAACCGACAUGUGGCUCCAAGUAAUGGUAACAAAGUCACCGAGACCGAAAUAGUUUCUCUCGAUGAAGAAGACAUCCUCGACCAUGCGCAACAACAACAACCAGCUGAAAACGAAAAUGUGCAUAGUGUUUCAGCAGCGAAAACAGAUGGCCAUGGGAUUUUGAAGCCUUCGCAGAGUGACCAUCGACCAGAGAUUAUUCAACAAAGGCACCCGAAGACUAUCAGAAACAUCAUGAUGGUUUUGAAAGAAGAGAAAGCUAGAGAGAAUGGCUCGCCCAUGAGAGGUAAUCGAGGGAGAGCUCCUGGUGUUCCGACACAGAAGAACAACAUCGAAACUCCUUCAAAGAUUCCAAAACUCGGUGACAUUGCUCAUAGCAAGACUAACGCAACUACGCAUAUCCCACCGUCAAAGCUAGCAUCUGAUUCCGGAAGGACUCCAGGAUCAAUACCACCAAAACAUCACGUACCAAUGAUCGACUCUUCUCCAAAACUGAAGCCUAGAAACGACAGAAUUCCUCUUGCUCCUGCUGCUAAACACGAAGCCGAAGAGGCAAUGUCAGCUAAGCGAAGGCAAAGAACACCUCCUACUUUACCAAGAAGAAUCUCUCUGACAGCGCAAUCAAGACAAUUAGCAGCAGACAUUCCAAAUAUGGUGGCCAAGGACACGAUGAAGCUACAUCCACCUGUGCCAUCAGAGCCUGAAACCAUUUCUCAUCAAUCACGCCUCCAUGCUUCCCCUGUGAUUGCGCCGGAGCCUAAGAGAACCUCUGUUGGAUCUUCCAAAGGAAUGCAGAGUGAAAGCAGCAACUCAAUCUCGUCUUCCUUGUCCAUGCAGGCAUUUGAGCUCUGCGACGAUGCUUCCACACCAUAUAUCGACAUGACAGAGCAACAUACCACUCCCGAUGACCACCGAAGAUCCUGCCACAGUGAAUACUCGUCCUCCUUCCCAGAAAUCUCCUCGGAGAUGAUGAUCCACAGAGAAGAACACAGCACUAGUAUGCGUCUCACUGAAAUCCCCAACUCUGUUUCCCAUCACCAGCCAGAAGGAAGCUCUCCUACUGUGCUUAAAGAAAGUAGCACUAGCCCUGCGAUAUUACAAAGCUAUGAACCAAACGCUUCACAACAACAACAACAACAACAACACGGUGAUGAUAAAUUCACAGUCAAAGAAUUCGUCUCCUCUGUUGUUCCCGGAGCAGCCGCAAUGCAUGUUGGACCUUCCCACUCAGAUAACAAAACAACCGUUGCGUCUCAGAACUCAACAACUCUUGAGAAGAACAACCAUCUUCAUCCGGUUGUUGACGAUGUCAUACAUGUGAUCCGCCACAGCAGUUUCCGAGUAGGGAGCGACCAGCCGGUCAUGGAAAGCGUCGAGGUCGGUGUCCAGAACGUCGACGUCGGAAAACUCAUAAACGUUGUGAGAGAUGAAAUGGAAGUGAGGAAAGUAGCCGCCACUCCUUCCGAAUCAACCACCACGAGAUCAUCAUCAUCAUCAUCAAUCAUCUCAGAGCCUACCGAGACGACGACCCGUCCUGAAGAGCCAGACCCGAUCACCAAUUACUCAGAAUCCAAGAGCUUUAACUCUUGCUCCGACUCGUCACCAGCUGAGACCAGAGCAAACUCGUUCAUGCCCGAGGAGGAAACAACUCCGGCUCCGGCUGUGAAAGAGACGUUGGACAUCAAGUCGUUUAGACAGAGGGCAGAGGCGCUUGAAGGUCUAUUGGAACUAUCUGCGGAUUUGCUGGAACAGAGCAGGCUCGAAGAGUUAGCCAUCGUGUUGCAGCCGUUUGGGAAGAACAAAGUUUCGCCUCGAGAAACCGCGAUUUGGUUGGCAAAGAGUUUGAAAGGAAUGAUGAUCGAAGACAUCAAUAAUAACAACAGUGGCAGCUCCAGGAAUUGUUCAUGA